GACUCAUCAACAUGUUCUGUACUGGCGUCCUUUUGCUGCUGCUGCAGAUGAGUUUUUUCAACACAGUUUCUGCUGGGAAAGUGUUGGCUUGGCCUACAGACGCUAGUCAUUUUAUGAAUAUGAAAAUAAUCUUAGAAGAGCUCGCACAUAAGGGCCAUGAUGUCACUGUGUUAGUUCACUCAGCCAUUAUCAUUAUGGGCAAUGACACCGUCUCACCUCUGAAAUAUGAAGAGUUCUCUAUUCCAUUUACAAAAGAGAAGAGUGAAAAGUUUCUGGAAGAAUUUUUACAUGUGUGGAUUUAUGAGGUGCCCAAUAUGUCCUAUUGGGAGUUCUAUACUAAAAUGAAAAUAUUCAUGCAGGAACAAGUGAAGGUAGAAAAACACGUGUGUGAGGGUGUAAUAAAGAAUAAGCUGCUUUUAAGAAAACUAGAAGAGGAAAAGUUUGAUGUCCUGGUUUCAGACCCGUUAAUUCCUUGCGGUGAACUUAUUGCUGAGCUUCUCGGAGUUCCUUUUGUCUAUUCCUUUAGGUUCUCUAUGGGUAACGCAAUGGAAAGACUGUGUGGACAUCUCCCGGCUCCCUUUUCCUAUGUUCCAGGCUCCAUGGUGGAGCUCACUGACAAAAUGUCUUUUGUGGAAAGAGUGAGAAAUAUUAACUUCUAUAUAUUUCAAGACAUAUUUUUCCAUUUAGUGUUUGGCAGCUUCUGGGAUGGUUAUUUUAGCGAGGCAUUAGAUGGUAGUCAUUUUAUGAAUCUAAACAUGGUUCUUGAGGAUCUUGCACAUAAAGGCCAUGAAAUUACUGUGCUGGUUCCUUCAGCCAACUUAAUUAUGGACACCAAGAAAACGACACCUUUAAAAUUUGAAGUUUUUCCAGUUGCUUUUUCAAAGGAGAAAAACGAACAGCUUCUGGAGGAAUUCCUGCAGUUCUGGAUUUAUGAUCUGCCUAAUAUUUCUUAUUGGGAUUUUUUUUUACGCAUGAAAAAAGCCUUAGCAGAUACUCUGGAGGUAGAGCAACUUGUGUGUGAUGGCAUAAUAACUAACAAGGAAAUAUUAAAAAAGCUACAGGAGGAAAAGUUUGAUGUCCUGGUUGCAGAUCCAUUAGCUCCCUGUGGCGAGCUUGUUGCGGAGAUUAUCGGAGUGCCUUUUAUCUAUUCUUUCAGGUUCUCAAUGGGUAAUGUAAUGGAAAGAUUGUGCGGUCAAACACCAGCACCAUUCUCUUAUGUACCUGGUGCAAUGGCUGGAUUCACUGAUAAAAUGUCCUUUGUUGAAAGAUUGAGAAAUUCUAUUUUCUAUUUAUCGCAAGAUACCAUAUUUUAUUUCAUGUUUUCAGCCUCCUGGAAUGAUUAUUACAGUAAGGCAAUAGGUCGACCUACCUCACUUUGUGAAAUUAUGGGAAAAGCAGAAAUGUGGCUCAUUCGGACAUACUGGGAUUUUGAGUAUCCACGACCAUUGCUUCCUAACUUUGAGUUUGUAGGAGGUCUGCACUGCAAACCAGCAAAACCUUUACCAGAGGAAAUGGAAAAGAUUGUUGAAAGCUCAGGAGAACACGGCAUUGUGGUAUUUUCUCUUGGCUCUAUGGUGAAAAACCUGACAGAUGAAAGAAGUAACGUAAUUGCUGCUGCUCUGAGCCAGUUGCCGCAGAAGGUAAUCUGGCGAUACAGUGGGAAGAAACCAGCCACAUUAGGGGAGAAUACAGUGCUGUAUGAUUGGAUACCACAGAAUGAUCUUCUGGGCCAUGCCAAGACCAAAGCUUUCAUUACUCAUGGUGGAACUAAUGGAAUAUAUGAAGCCAUAUAUCAUGGAGUCCCUAUGGUGGGAAUACCGCUCUUUGCAGAUCAGCCAGAUAAUAUUAUCCACAUGAAGACAAAGGGCAUGGCAGUAAUGCUGGACAUAAACAAAAUGCAAACCCAAGACUUAUUAGAUGCCGUUAACACAGUCCUAAAGAAUCCCACGUAUAAAGAAAAUGCCAUGAGGAUAUCACGCAUCCACCAUGACCAGCCAGUUAAACCACUAGACAGAGCUGUUUUCUGGAUAGAGUUUGUCAUGCGUCACAAGGGAGCAAAGCACCUGCGUCCAGCCUCCCAUGAACUAACUUGGUACCAGUACCACUGCUUGGAUGUCAUCGGCUUCCUGCUUGUCUGUCUCUUCACUGUUCUCUACAUCACAGUUAAGAUCUUGUCAUUUUGUUGCAGGAAAUGCCGGCCAACCAAGAAGAAGCAGAAAAAACAUUAAUGUUAUAAGUUGCACUUCUCUGUACACUGUAGUGAUGACAAAUGUGUUUCCAACUUUCCAGUCAUUUCUUUAUUAGAAACACAGAUGUGUAUUGAAGUGCAUUGUGACUGUAGAUCAUAUUAUGUGUUGUGUUUGUAUGUGAAAUAGAAAGUUGAUCAAUACAUUUUUAUUUACAACAGGCAGGCCAGUAACAACGUAUGAAUUAAACAACUUUGGCGUAUG